GCCUUGUGAGAUGAAAAGAUCCUCGUCCCCGUCGCUCGUAAAGCCUGGCUUAUCUAAGCGCCACAAGAACAACUACUCAAGUAAUAAAAACCGAAGCCAUGCCAUAGUAGACAAGUUUUGUACAGAGAAGAUGGGAGUUGCUCACGUUUAUUAUGAAGAUGAGAUGGCAUACGAUGCGCUACUGAAUCAGACCAACCUUCAACAUAACAAUAAUAAGUACUAUGUCAUGCAGCUGUUAGAAGACGAUUCAUCUCCUCACUAUUCUGUUUGGUUUCGUUGGGGUCGUGUCGGGAAACCUGGUCAGCACAAAUUGGAGUCUUUUGGGAGUAAUCUGGAAAUGGCGAAAAGUUGCUUUCACAAGAAGUUCUUAGAUAAAACGGGCAACAUUUGGGAUCCACUUGCAAUAUUUACAAAGGUAGACGGCAAAUACGAUGUCGUCAAGGUACAUUACGGUGAAGAGAACGGAAUUCAGGAGGUAGAAAAGCCUGCGCGGAAUGAGGUUAAAUCGCUUCUCCCCGAGUCUGUUCAGCUUCUCUUAGGUUUGAUCUAUGACGUUAAGGCAAUGGAGGCAGAGCUGACUGAGCUAAGCUACGAUUCCCGACGCGCUCCGCUUGGGAAGUUGACCAAAGAACAAGUGGCCGCUGGAUACGCUGCCCUUCGCAGGAUCUCUGACUGCAUCAAUCAGCUCCAAUCCGAAGCAAAUUCCCAUUUAGAUUCUUCGGUCAGAAAACGCGGCAGACCCAGACGAUCGUCUGCCAGCACAAUUGACAAAAAAACUUUGGAACACGAAUUAUUACAAGCCUGUAAUUUAUUUUACACUAGAAUACCACACGAUUUUGGCAUGCGCAUUCCACCCUUGAUCCGUACACCGAAGGACCUCAAAGAAAAACUUGAGCUGCUAGCUAUUCUGGACGAUGUUGAGUACGCUGUCAGCUCCUUGAAUGAAAACAAAUCCUCAAAGGAGAAUCUGUUAGACACCAAGUACAAACAACUCAAUUGUGACUUGAAGCCAAUGGACCCUACCAACCCCAUGUUCAUGGUUUUGUGCAAUUAUUUACACACCAACCAUGGAAACACUCACAACUGGUAUACUCUCGAGCUUCUUGACAUUCAUGAAUGCACCAAGCCCAGCGAAGUUGAAGGUUUCACUAAUCAUGGAAAUCGUAUGCUACUAUGGCAUGGGAGUCGCUUAACCAAUUGGGUUGGAAUUCUUGGACGUGGAUUGAAAGUCGCUCCACCCGAGGCCCCAGUCACUGGUUACAUGUUCGGAAAGGGGAUUUACUUUGCCGAUUGUUCUUCAAAGUCUGCUAACUAUUCCUACCCCACACAAAAGAAGAAUGUUGGUGUCUUGGCUUUGUGCGAAGUGAGUGUCAUUUCUCCGUUUAUUGCGUCUAUGUGUUGUGAGUUGAGACCACACGAUUGGUGGUCUGUUUCGUAUGGUUGUGCACUCAUUUAA